AUGGAAAAUCCAAGUCAAACGCCGCUGCUGAUCCGCCUGGCCAUAACAUUGUUGUUGGCAACUAACCAGCUUACCAUGGCCUAUAACUUGGACCCAGAUUCUCGCGGUGGGAUGAUAUCAGGUCCGCCAUUCUCCACAUUGGGACAGUCACUAAUGGGGACCUUUGUAGAGUCUAUAACGUCGAUAUCCAAACAAAUGGCGGAAGAUUUGGUAUCUUUCUAUAAAGGCAAUGAGCUUGGCCAAACGCCUGGUCUUCUCCCCGACCCAUAUUACUGGUGGGAGGCUGGUGCUAUGAUGGGUACUCUCAUCGAUUACUGGUAUUAUACAGGCGAUGAUGCUUAUAAUGACAUCACCCAGCAAGCUCUCCUUUUCCAAGUCGGGGACACCAACGAUUAUAUGCCAAGAAACCAAACUCGGACAGAAGGUAAUGAUGACCAGGGCUUUUGGGGACUGACUGUCAUGUCGGCUGCCGAAUACAACUUUCCAAACCCGCCUGCCGACAAGCCACAAUGGCUUGGUCUCGCCCAAGCUGUUUUCAACACUCAGGCUUCUCGAUGGGACACAGAGUACUGCGACGGUGGUUUGCGGUGGCAAAUUUUCUCAUGGAACAAUGGCUACGACUACAAGAACUCAAUUUCACAGGCGUGCUUCUUCGCUCUCGGUGCCAGAUUGGCUCUGUAUACCGGCAACCAGACCUACGCCGAUUGGGCCGAGAAGGCGUGGGAUUGGAUGAUAGAUAUCAAGUUCAUCAACACCACAAACUGGUACGUUUAUGACGGCGCCAGUGUCAACACCAACUGUACCGUCCUCACGCCUUAUCAAUUCACCUACAACGCCGGAGGCAUGAUCCUCGGUGCAGCUGCCAUGUACAACUAUACAGAGUCGCAGGUAUGGAAGGAUCGCCUAGACAACCUCGUCACUGGCAGCAAGGUGUUCUUCACGGGCCCCCAUAACAACAUCAUGGCAGAAGUUGCAUGCGAGUCGGUCGGUACUUGCAACGUUGAUGAGCACUCGUUCAAGGCAUAUUUGAGUCGCUGGCUAGCCAACAUGACCAAAUGGGCCCCUCACACUUAUAAUACAAUCAUGCCAUACCUCCGAGCGUCUUCGAUUGCGGCGGCAAAGCAAUGUGUCGGCGGCAAGAAUAAGCGCAUGUGCGGCCUCAUCUGGAGUAACAAUACUUACGAUGGAACGACUGGGGUCGGCCAGCAAAUGGCGGCUCUUGAAGUCACCAUGGCCAACCUAAUUGGAGAAAGUAGUGCUCCCCUCACUGCCGACAGGGGAGGCACCAGCCAAGGGGACCCCGGCGGUGGUGGCAGUGAUUUGGGUCGGAAUACGCCAAAUGACCCAGACUAUGGGCCCAUUAACGGAGGCGACAGGUUUGGGGCGGCCAUUCUCACGAUCCUCGUCAUUGCGAGCGUGGUUGGGGCCAUAGGCUUCCUUUUGCUAGACGAGACAACC